GUCAUUCAAUUUCAGUCGAAGGGACACUGUAUGGUAUCAGUUUCUGGAGAAUUGAGCUGCUCGUGUUGUUCGACUCCUGAAAAGUUGUGAAAUGGACACAGUUACUGCUUCCAAAGUUGUCCAGCAAGAGAUGGAGGCCUUGUCUCUAAAUGAUUUUCCUUGUGGUAUUGGAAGUUGGAACAGUUCAAGGCAUUCAUCAAAGGAGACUAAAGGUUUCAAGUUACUGAAGGAUCAUGCCAAGAAGGAAGAGAUAAAUGGUAAAAAUGUAAAUGAGGAAGAGCCUCAGGCCUUGAAAGAAUACCUGACAUGUGAGCAAUCACCAUGGACAACAGAAAAUGUGACCCCAGAGUCCCAGCAUCUAAAGGAACUGGCAAUCACUUCACCUUCUCUCAUAAAUGAACGCUUCCUUUGUUCCUACUUAAAGUCCUUAAGACUUGUUAAUAAGAAGAUCUGUGAGGUUGACAAGGAAAUGUUGAAAUUUCAGAAUUUGGAAGAACUUAUAUUAAGUGUCAAUAAAAUCACCUCAUUAAACUCAGAAAAUCUUCCCAGAAAGCUUAAGAUUCUUGAGCUGUGCUCCAAUGAGAUUUCCUCUUUGCAACAACUGAGCUCCAAUCCACCACCUAUGUUGCAAUACCUUGGGCUGUCAUACAACAAGCUUUCGCUGUCCUCUGACUACAGAUAUCUCUCAGACAUAUUCUGGCCCAAUAUAAUAUCCCUUGAUUUGAGUUUCAAUGACUUUGUCAAUCUGCGGGACAUUGUAACUUCUCUUUCUUUCCUGCCAAACUUGAAGAACUUUAUUUUCCUUGGCAAUCCAUUGGCUUUUUAUCCGUACUAUCGGGGUUUUACAAUAGACAUUCUGCAGAACCUUGUUUCUCUGGACGAUAUCUUGAUAUCCCCUGAUGAAAGACACCAUUUUAAGGGCAUUGCUUCACGGCAAGAUUUUAUUGCUCCUGAAGCCAAGGUAACAAUAGAAAUAGAAAAAGUUACGGGUAUUCCCAACCCCAUCGACCCUCUUGAUGAGCCACCAGAAUUUCCAGUUGUUAAGAACAGUUACUUUGUGACCUAUGAGUUCCUUGGAAGUCCCGAAAGUGCUGCAGAAGUAAAUGAAUUAAAUGAACCACACAAAGAAGGAAACAAGGACGUGCAAAAUGAAAAACCCUCCAGUGCUAAAUCAAGUGAAAAAGACCCAUCCUCAUCGCAAACAAUCCCGGAAAUGUUUCUUGAUAGUAUGGGCAUUAGCAAUGCGUCCAGUGAAAAUAAGGAAUAUUGCCAUGUGUUCACUCACAAGUUACCUCUAAAACCAUGGGGAGAUCCUAUUGUAUACAACUAUAUCAAGAUUCACCUUGUGAAAGAUCCAUACGCCCUCAAGCAAUUGCUACAAAAUGGUCUGACUGUGACUGUAAUAGAAGAAAAGAUCCUGUCAUGGCCUAUUGAGACAGAAGAUGACAAAAUUCCAGAAGCUUCCAUGAAAGAGAAAGACCAAGGUCCUGCAAAGGGAGGCAAAAGCAAAGCUAAGGAUGUAAAAGACAAAGACAAAACUAAGGAAAAAUCGAAGUCACCAGUUUCACUUCAAAGUGAUCCACCGAUUGAGAAAAUACUAGGCAGUUGCCAUGUAGAUCUGUACUCCAUUGUAACAGGAAGUCAUGACUACCAGACAGUUUGUGAUUUAGGAGUUCCCAAGAUUGAGGAAAAACCCAAAUCACCAACGCCAGAGUUAAAGGAAACUAAAAAAGGAAAAGGAGAUAAGCAAAAAGGAAAAGGCGAUAAAUCUGGGAAAGACUCAAGGACAAGUGCAAAAAUGAAAACACCAAACAACAAGAAAGCAAAAGGAAAAAGAAACACGGAUUUAAGGAUUUCAGGGGAAACCACACCAAAGCAUCUGUUUGUUGGGUUUAAAUUACACCUGCAGAAGUGGUUGACACUAACAGAUGCAGAAAACGAAAUAUACAAAAAGAAUACUGUGUUUAAUUGGUUCGAUGAUGCAUAA